AUGGGCAUAUUUGUUUCGUUGCUCUGGUUCACCUGGAUCGAACUCAUGAGAAGCAAGAUUUUUGAUUUGGCAGAGGAGGUUGAGAAUGUUAGAUCGUUGAGUUCGAUGGAGAAGGAUGUCAAGCGGAUCCCAGGAUCAAACAGCUGCAAACAAAAUGAGUCAGAGACCAGCACUAAAUCGAGUUCUUCCUUGAAAGAAUCAUUAAGCUUCAAAAAUUGGUGCCAGGACCAAACCAAGCUGGAAACUCAUGUUUCACCCAAGAAUCAGCAUAGGGAAGAUGUUAAAAGGGAACCUUAUUCUGCAGAUCAGAUUGGCAAUGAUGCAGAUCUCAAGUUGAACCCAGAAAAUUGUCUCUUGGAGUCCCUAAAGCUUAUAAAAGACCUCGAUGCAGCGGCUGUCAAGUUGCAAAAGGUGUACAAAAGUUAUCGGACACGAAGAAAUUUGGCAGAUUGUGCAGUUGUUGUUGAGGAAUUAUGGUGGAAGGCAUUCGAUUUUGCCUCGCUCAAGCACAGCUCAAUAUCUUUUUUCGGUGGUACAAAGCCAGAGACAGCAGCGUCACGCUGGGCAAGGGCACUAACGAGGGCAGCCAAGGUUGGUAAGGGUUUGUCCAAGAAUAACAAGGCACAAAAGCUGGCACUUCAACACUGGCUUGAAGCUAUCGACCCGCGCCAUCGAUACGGGCACAAUCUGCAUCUUUAUUAUGACGAAUGGUUCAUAAGCGAGAGCAAGCAACCGUUUUUCUACUGGUUGGACAUUGGUGAUGGCAAAGAAGUGAAUCUUGCAAAGUGUCCUAGAAACAAACUUCACCAGGAAUGCGUUAACUAUCUCGGACCGAAAGAAAGGCAGGCUUAUGAGGUCAAUUUGGAGUCUGGAAAAUUUGUAUACAAGCAAAGCGGAACGUUUGUGGACACUACCGAAGGGUCGAAAUGGAUAUUUGUUCUCAGCACAAUCAGCACAUUGUACGUGGGGCAGAAAAUGAAGGGGUCAUUUCACCACUCGAGUUUUCUUGCUGGUGGAGCUACCAUAGCUGCAGGAAGACUGAUCGUGAAAGAGGGAAUUCUGAAGGUUGUUUGGCCAUAUAGUGGACAUUACCUCCCGACUGAAGAAAAUUUCAAGGAAUUCAUCAGCUUUCUUCAAGACAACAAUGUCGACCUCACUGAUGUCCAGAAAUGUCCUGCUGGUGACGACGAUGACUACUCUUCACUCAAGAUGGACAGGAGUAACUCGAUGACAGAUAUGGAUAAGGGCACAGAGGUAGCAGAGGAAUCUACAUCACAUGAAGUAGGAAACCAGAGUGAAAAUGAGGUAGAAGAGGGCCAUCUAUGUUCUUCGAUACCCGAAGAUAGUAAUGUCGAGACCACUUCUGGAUCGGUCGAUCACCACCAUCAGAACUGCACAACUGGGGCUGGGCAUCGCAUUAGGUGUGUUCGCAAGUACCCCACGGAUCUUCAGUUUAAGGCACUCGAGCAAGUUAACCUGUCACCAAGCUCCACGGCUCCCCCUGAUGAGCCGAUCGUAUCUCCCCGUCCAAACUCUGAUAUGAGGCUAUCCCCCACGCUCGCUGGAAUCAGCCUUCCUGCUCCCACGAUCACACUUACUCUUCCUAAACACAGACGCCGCUGAUCCAUCAGCUUGC